CGCAACCUGAGAGUCUUUCGUUUAUCACUACUAAUACUCUUUGUUUUGAUACACUUUGUCUUAGCACAAGUCAACAUCUGGAAUUCAGAAUGGACAGUGAUCCAGAAAAGAGUGGCUCCAUUGAGCACGAUCGACGAACAUGCCAAGUCAACAGUCCAUGGCUCGGUGUCCGUAUCCUGGGUCCUCGAACCGCUUCACGCACCCUCCGAUACCAGCCUACAAGGCCAACUCCUGCUUGGUCAGUGAAAGACAGCUGUUUUGAGGACCAGAGGAUCACACAAGGAAGUCAGCAAGCUGAUCAGAGCAUGCGGAGGAGCCGAAGAGGUUGCUUUUCUAUGACAAUAAAGCCGAUUACGAUCGGCACGUUUGUGUGGCAUUUCCCGACAGUAUGUUCUUGCUGCGUUUACUCGAUCUGGACUCUUUACCUUGCCAAGGUCAGCUCGACGCACUCACGACUCAGUCUUCGUUCACACCAUAGUACAAAAAGGCCAAAGAAUAUGUUAAGUCAGCAAUCAAGGAGGGUACCCUGGCUAUGGACAGCGCUACUCAUGCGGGGAAGUACUUGUUCUUUGACACUCUGCAAACCGAUGUACAUCAGGUCAAUAUCUACGACUAGCAGUCUGACUCAACGUAAGAAGAAGGGCGAGAACGAGGACGAGGAGAAGGACAGCAGCACCUCGUGCCUCACAAAGUCGCUAAAAGCGACAGGGACGAUCAGCGGCAUAUUGCACGCGCACCGAGAUCUCGGCCAAUUCUACAAAGUCCGAGAUGAUGCACUUGAGCCCGGGUCCAGAGGCGCAGCAAGAGGAAAUAAAGGAUCAAGAGAGAUACGUGGUGCUUGCCAUUAACCCAGAUAUAAAGAGUAGUC